UGUGUGAAACUCUCAUAUCUCACAUAUCAAUAAUUCAGGCGCGCGCGACACAGAGAGCAGACGGAGCUGCCUGCCGCGCGCUAUGAGUUCUGCUGCCGCCGCCGCGUCACACUCGUGCAGGGGCUUCGCUGCUGCCGCGUCUGCUCCAAGUGACAGAGAAGCUGCUGAGAAGUGAGACAGGACGACGAGAAGUGGCGGAAAAAAACCCACUACGAGCUCCACGGGAGACACGGAGGUGAAAGAGAAGAGGAGAGAAAGCUGACAAUAAUCCGCCUCAGAGUUCGCUUUAGAUCCUUUUAAUCCAAAACCCGGAUUGACAGCGACCUGUCAAACAACGGUUCACCAGGAGAAACUCUUGUGUCUUACUUUUUUCUUUAAGGAAGAAGAAGAAGCGGAACAGACCCGCGGUUUGAGGCGCGCUCUGCUCCGGUACAGUAUGUUGGCGCUCUGCCUGCUCAGUGCCGUGUGGCUCGCGGGUCCGGCUCCGGCCCGCGCUCAGAACGAGACGGAACCAAUCGUCCUGGAGGGGAAGUGUUUAGUGGUGUGCGACUCAAACCCGACCGCGGACCCCACGGGAACCGCGCUCGGCAUCUCGGUGCGCUCCGGCAGCGCCAAAGUGGCGUUUUCCGCAGUCCGGAACACCAACCACGAGCCGUCCGAGAUGAGCAACCGGACCAUGGUCAUCUACUUUGAUCGGGUUCUAGUAAACAUUGGGAGGAAUUUUGACGAAGAGAGAAGUAAUUUCAUCGCGCCUCGCAAAGGGAUUUACAGUUUUAACUUCCAUGUAGUGAAAGUCUACAACCGCCAAACCAUACAGGUAAGCCUGAUGCACAACGGCUGGCCGGUGAUUUCGGCGUUCGCGGGCGACCAGGAUGUGACACGCGAGGCGGCCAGCAACGGCGUUCUGAUCCAGAUGGAGAAAGGAGACCGGGUCUAUCUCAAACUGGAGAGAGGAAACCUAAUGGGGGGAUGGAAAUACUCCACCUUCUCAGGCUUCCUGGUUUUCCCCAUGUAAAGAGGGAGCGGAGAGGAAGAGGAGGAGCAGAGGGUGGAAAUUAAGCUGGUGGAAGACGGUGGAAGUGCGACGCAGAUGGGCAAAGGAGACGCGAAGUGACAAGAAAGAAGAAUAAAGAAGAAGGGAUGUGACAAGGGACUUCUGUUUGGGACACUGCUGCAGAGGGUGGAGGGACGAGGAACGGAAUGAUUAAGUGUCAGCAUCUUCACGUCCCUUCCUCCUGUCAUCCAUCCCAUCAUCCAUCCCUUCCUUGUGUUUCCUCUGUGGCUUGACUGCAGCUGUGGAAGGCCCAAAACUUUUCUCAAAUCUCUGCUGAAAGACGCAAUCGAUUAUUUAUACGUCCCAGGGUGUUCGACAGCCUGAGUGCAACCUUCCAUCCAUCUUUCCCUCCCUCCCUCCACAUUCAUCAUUCAAUCAUUAAUUCAUUGAUCUCCAUCAACAUCAGCUUUGAAGAAUGUUUCUCCAAGAACUGCCCUAAUCCGCCAUGUCCCAUUUACUUGGAGUGUCUUUUUUUAAGCCUAGGCUGGAAUUAAAUCGCACUGAUUUUGGAUCAGCCUCAACCCCCCCCCAAAGCCAAACUAUGAUUUUUAUAAGGGGGGAGGGCUUGCUUCUCCUUUAACGCUGUGUUUUAUAGCUAUAAAAAUGACUGUGUUCGUCUGAGACCAAGUUUCUCCCAGUUUCGUAGUUGUUUUACGCUUCCCACUUUGUCCCCUUCUGUAUCCUUUGUCUUCAAAUCUGAUGUUUCGGUUCCAAAAAGUCAACCAUUUUGUGUUCGGGAUGGCUCGAUAUCGAUACCUCAACCUCUGCGACACAUUUACUACAUAAAGCUCUAAACUCUGCUGCCAUAAAGAAGAACCAACCAGCCCAGAAUGUGACAGAGUUAAAAAGCUGGUGCUGCUUUUCAUUUACAUAUUUACAUUUGGGAUGGCAUCAAUGUCAGAUAUCAGAUCCAAUAUUCCCACAAUAUCAAUUCUGACACAAGAAACAACUUUCAAAGACUAUUUUUGCUGCCAUUUCUGCAACAGCAGAUAUUAUUUUGAAGAAGGUAACUUAGGCAUUUCCAUGAUAUAUUUUUGAUACAUUACCUUACCAUUGUAAAUGUAAAAGCCUGGAGAUAAUUUAACAAGUAUAUUUGGCACCCCCAAAAUUCAAAACAGUCUUAUGCCAAUUUAAAAAAAAACAACAACUCAUAGAUGUUGAAAACCAUUGGAAUUUUAGAAAACUCCAUAUUUGAAUCACAUUGUGUGUUAAUGCUUUGUUAUAUGUUAAAGGUCCAGUUUAUAAGAAUAAGUGACAUCAGGGAACUACGGUGGCCUUCACAUACCAUAAAAGAUAGUUCCACUUUCUUUUUUGGGGUUUUUUUUGGGUUGACGUAGAAACAUGGCAGCACAAGAUGGCCGUCCCCCCACAAAGCAAGGCCCUUGGCUAAGGUACAAAUAAACGUCUACCUCUCAACGUACGCAAACCAAAUGUUUGUUUUAAAACCAUUAUAUUAUAUGAGGAGUAUAUUGAAUAUCUGCUGAUAAACCCUCUGGACCUUUAAAUGUAUUACUCAUUGAUAAUGAAACUAUCGUAGAUGUGACACAUCAAGACUGGACUAUUUUUAACAAAUAAAAUCAUUUCAUAAUACUUUAAAAAUACCUUAUAAAGUAAAUAUAAACAAAAACAUUAUUUAUUUAUUUUUACAUUUCUGUCACAACAAGGAUUUCAGAUUGACGCCUAAAUACAGAUGUAAUAAGAACCCACAUCCUCUUGAUACUGCGCCACGACUCUCCUGUGACUCGAUCUAAUGAAACUAAUAUUAGUAUUGAUACAAGUCUCUAAGAAAGUAUUGCUCCACUUUCUCACUCCCGUGUUUUUUAUCACCAUCUUUCUCUCUCUCUGGCAGCCGAACAAAACAUUCGACCUCCAUUCUGUCAAAACAUCCCCCUUCCUCCUCCUCCUCCUCCUCCUCCACACCUCCGCCUCACCUCCCUCCAUCACUGCUGCUGUUUUUCAGAUCUGUGGCCCCUCCCUCUCCGGGAUCCUCUUCUCUCUCUUCGACUAUGCUGUUUACCCACAAGUGCAGAUUUCUGUCUCUCUCUUCCCUUUUUGUACUGCUCAGUUAACCCGUCACCGACCCUUUUCUCUCUCUUUGUUUUCCACUCUUUCGCUCCUCAGCCGCCCAUCCCUCCUCUCCUCCCCCGCGUCUGUACUUGUAUCUGCUGCUGUACUCGUUUGCCUCCCAGCACAGGUCCUUCCUUGCUUUUUUUCUUCAAUGUUGGACUUUUGGACACUGAACUUACAAUCCACGAACUUUACUAUAUAUAUAUAUGUAUAUAUAUAUACAUAUAUAUAUAUAUACAUUUACACAGUAUAUGUAUUAUAUAAAUAUAUCGGAAAAAUCCAAGCCGCUGUUUCUAUUCUACUGGUAUUAGGAAUUUAAAACUGAUAAUACUGAAAACUGAAUCUGGUUGAUGACCUGUAAUAUCUGUAUUUCUGUACUUCAGUGUUAUGUAAAAAAGAAAAAAAAAAUUCUAAGAGAAACUUAUUAGUGAUUGUGUGGAAAUCUGAGGCUGCCGUUCUGCUCUUCUGAUUAAAAACAUGCUUCUUGUUUUUGUUUUUUGGGUCAAACCAAGUUGUGGCUAAAAAGCUGAAACUACUACUCGACAUAGAAAAAUCUACAGCUUAUAAAAAUGACUUUUAUUUCUUAUUAUUAUUAUUACUAUUAUUAUAACUGAUAUGAUGAUGAUGAUGAUGAUAAUUAUUAUGAUUAUCUUGACUGUAAAUUACAUGUGAAUAUUUAGAAUAUGAUCAUAUUCUUUUGGGUUGUUUUUUUUCUCAAUCAAUCAAAUCAAUUUAUCUACUGUUUUCUUAUU